AUGGUGCAGGCACUGCUCUUGUGUGCUCUGGCACUGACUCUACACCACGUUGUUGGCCAGAACGAAACUGAAAAUGCUGAUGGGAGAGAAAUGGAAAUAGCCCAAGCCACACUGGUGGCUCCCAGUUUAGUUGGAUGAUCCAUUAAGAAGAUGCCAGGGCUGUACCAGUUCCUCUUGGACCGACUGGCAUUGUAUCAUAAUCUGAAGUAUGACUUGCAACAAAACCAGGAACCUCAGCUCCUCUUCCAUAAUUUGAAGGGUGAAGUUGUUAAGAGCCUGCCCGUGAAGGAUAUGACAGCUGAUGAGAUUUCUGCCCUUCUCGAAUCAUUGGGGUUCUAUAAAAAAUCAGCCAAGGGAGAGCAUGUCCCGAAGGAGUUCCAAAACUUCCCACUGAAGGCGCCACGAGAGGAGCUGUAGGUCAACAGCAGGCCUCCUAGUUUCUUCGAAUUCAGCGUGGAGAUCACUUCCAAAAAGCAUGGAUGAUGUCUGGGUCUGAAAGGCUGUCAACAGCCAGGGCUUCAGCUGAGUGUCUGCUUCUUGGUGUGAGAACCACUAA